AUGGACGGGACAUUGUCGGGGUCUCUAGGACUUCUAAUACUUCGUCAGCCGUGGGACGAGAAAGAGGAACGACAUCAUCGGGCGGAUCUAGAAGCCAAUCACAAAAUAAUAACAAUCAUCACGCCUCCCCCAACACCGGGUGGAGGGGGAGCGUCAAACUCAUCGACUGGAGGAGGAGGAGGAGUCGGGUCUGGUAAUGUGACAGAGCCUUCAACAUCGUCCGCACCCACAAAUUAUCCCAAAAUUUACGGAAAGAUUGUACUCACCUCGGACAAUGUUCUCCUGGACAAGAACAAGUGUGGAGAAACUCCUUCUGCAACCGAUGGCAUGGACGAAGACAUUGAAUGGGAGACUCGAGUUGUUGCCUGUGAACUUAUUUCAUCUUCUGGGAUACUUUUAAAACUUCCUCAGACGGCAAUGGCUACGGGACAAGUUUUAUUUCACCGAUUCUACUAUACCAAAUCCUUCCUACGUCAAGAUAUGGAACAAACUGCGAUGGCUUGUAUAUAUCUUGCUUCGAAAAUUGAAGAAGCUCCACGAAGAAUACGCGACAUUAUUAACGUAUUUCAUCAUCUGCAGCAACUUCGGAGUGGAAAAACAAUGGAGCCAAUGGUUUUGGACCAAUCUUAUAUCCAGUUAAAAAGUGAGGUCACUCUCGCUGAGCGAAGGGUUUUAAAAGAGUUGGGAUUUUGUGUUCAUGUGAAGCAUCCUCACAAGCUAAUUGUGGUCUAUAUGCAGCAGUUGGGCUAUGAUAGAGAUUCGCAGUUCGUCCAGAUGUCAUGGAAUUACAUGUCAGAUGCUUUGCGAUCCAAUGUGUUUGUGCAGUAUAAACCUGAAGCCAUUGCGUGCGCUUGUAUUUUUUUAAGCGCCAGGAAAUUAAAGAUUCCCCUUCCUUCAAGUCCAUCCUGGUAUAUUGUAUUUGAUGUGGAGGAAGAGCACAUACUAGAUAUUUGUGAAACAAUCCUUGAACUGUAUCAACGACCAAGGAUUGACUAUGAUGUGUUUAUGAAGAAGUAUAAAGGCCUCAGGAAAGCAUUCAAGGAGUCCAAGGACAAAGCCAAGGCAAUUACAAUUGCUGACAAGCUUGCACAAGGUUCCAAUGAUGCUAAUUCGAGUCCUGCGUCCCUUCCAACGUCACCCAAGCCCGGCAGCGAAGGAUCAUCAAGUAGUGCUGUCCAGAAUAAUAAAGAAGGCAAUGAUCACAAGAGGAAACUUGAUGCUGGCGAUCAUGUACAAAAAGCUCCAAAUUCACCACAGCCAAAGAAAUCGCGCCGGACUCCUUCCCCAAUUACUUUUGACGAUAGCCCACAAAGGCAUAACAAAAAGAACAAGAAGCGAAGAAAAUCAAGGUCCGAUUCCAGCUCUAGAUCACGCUCGCGAGAAAGAAGAUCACUAAAGAAACACUCACGCCGAGAAAAGUCUCGAAGUCGGAGUAGAAGUCGUUCAUACUCUCCGAAACGCUCAUCACAUCAUAAAAAAUCGACCAACAAGGUACAUCAUCGCUACCGUUCCAGAUCCAGAUCCUAUUCACCCGUGGAAAGGGAUGACAUUCGAUAUGACCGAUACUAUAAAAAGCCCAAAUCCUCAAAACAUGGGAGGGAUGAAGAUCCAAACAAAUCUAGAAGCAGGGACAAAAUCCGAAGAUGACGAACAUGAGACUUAAGUAUGGAUUGAAACUUUUCUCUCUCCAAAUUAAACUUUUUUGUAGUUAAUGGUUAGAUUUAUAAGUG